UUACCCACCCACCCACCAUCACACACACACACACACACACACACACACACACACCCCGUCAUCACACCACUGCACAUUUCCACUAAGUUAGAACAUUAUUAAGAGGAGACCCGAGAGGACGGCUCUAAGUGGAACUAUGGACGUUGGAUCCAGAAAGCUGCUGCUGCUGAUCCUGUUGUUGAAUAUUACAGUUUCAGUAUCAGGUAUCCAGCACAUGAAGGUGUCAUGCCAUCCUGAGAAGAUCUGUGCUCUGAGGGAGUCAUCUGUGACCCUGACGUGCUCUUACUCAAAUAUCAUCAUCAUCACUGGCUUCUGGUUCAGCCUAAAGGACAAAGCUAAAUGGAGGAAGGAGGAACAUCCAGAGGAUUUAGCUUUAGACUCAGACUAUGCAGGACGUGUGAGCUACACAGAGAUGACAAACUUCCGCUCAACUCUUACAAUAACAGACCUGAGAGAGAGAGACUCAGGGGAAUAUCGCCUCGUGUUCAUUACGGAUAAAGGAGAGAAAUAUCUGAGCUCAGCUGGAGUUACUCUAACAGUUACAGACCUGCAGGUGACCCACAACUCCCUACAACAAACUCUCACCUGCCGCACUUCCUGUACUCUGACCUUUACUGUUCACCGGUACUUCUGGUACAAGAAUGGACAAUACUUAGAGAAAUACAAAGACAACGUGAGAACUUUCCCUUUAAGUAAAGCUGAAGAAGGCAGUUACUCCUGCUCUGUUGAAGGCUAUGGUAGUAUUCUCUCUCUUCCAGUGUGUGUUGGCAGGAGCUGUUAUAGUGUGACCUACAGAGACAAAAGAGUCUGUGCUGUGGAAGGGUCUUCAGUGGAGUUUGCUGGAAGUUACUCACAUCCCAGUGAUCUGAGUGUUAGUGAAGUAUUCUGGCAUUAUUUUCAGCGUGGUAAAGUCUUCCAGGACCUGAAGCAGGAAACACAGUUUACUAAUCGAGUUGAAUAUGUGAAACAAGACAAAAGCAGCACAUUGAAAAUGAAAAACCUGACAAAGAAAGACUCUGGAGAAUAUCGCCUUAGAUUCCUUAUCGAUGGUGAAGGAUUCUCUGGUAGACCUGGAGUGGUUCUGAGUGUUACAGAUCUGCAGGUAAGAGUGAGUCGCUCUGCAGUGGCAUCAGAAGGACAGACUACAGUAACGCUGAGCUGCAUCACCUCCUGCACUCUGUCUAACAACCCCACUUACAUGUGGUACAAGAACGGACAGCCUGUUACUGACAAACUCACCAAACACAACAAGCUCUACCUGAUCUCCAGUGAAGAUGCAGGAAACUACUCCUGUGCUGUGAGAGGACGUGAGGAUCUCCGUUCUCCUGAACUAACUGUGACAUGUGAGCCACAAAACUCAGGGUCAGAGAAUUACACAGUGUUAAAGGUCAUCAUGGUGGGCCUGGCUGUCUUCCUGGCAGUAACACUCCUCUCAGGCGCUCUGUGGAUGUGGAAGAGGAAGUCGAGCUCAGCUAAUGGCCACAGCAGCACUGGUGAGAGUGGACAGCGUCACUCUCCUGCUGUUUAUGAAAAUGUUUCAGCCUCAGACCGCAGUGGAAGAGUCGCCUCUGAUGAUCAGGAUGACGUUCACUAUGCCAGUGUUGUCUUUAAAAACUCCCACACACAGGAAAUGUCUCCGUCACCCAGACGUCCUCCAGACACCACAGAGGACGAGGAUGUUCAGUACGCUGCUGUGAACGUUAGCAGGAGCACUGCUGCCAUCCAGCUUGUAGCAGACGAAGCGGCUGAUGAUCCGUCUCAGCUCUACAGCAAGAUCCAGAAACUCCCCACUUCAGCAGUGUAGCCCAUCAUUAGUCCUGUGGCCUGGGAUCUAAAAGCUAAAGAGGUAGCACUUCAGGUUCCUGGAAAAAAGCUGAGAGAGAUGUGAUAGUUCUGUCCUGAUUCUCUGUUUUAACCCUCAACACUGCUUCCAAAUCUAACAGGAGAAGAGGGACGGCUUUAACAUUUUAUUAGAGUACAGCUAGCAGUAUUAAUGCUUCAGUGGUAUAUUGUAGUACUCUUAUAAUAUUGUAUACUCUUUGAUCUUAAACAUAUAUAUGUGUGUACAGUGGAUAUAAAAAGUCUAGGGUUAAAAUGGUAGGUUUUGUCUGUGUUCAGACUGAACUAAUCACAUCCAAUCUUAUGUUCAAUAGUAAUUAUCAUAAAGCUGCCAUCAAUGAAAUUAUUCUGAUUAACCCCAAUUAAAGACCAGCUGUUUCUGUAGGAUUUUCUUCACAUCUUCAUGGUUUCCGACUGCUGUUUACAAAACUGUUUACAAAACAUUAGAUAUACCAUGGAAGCACGGUGGUGGGAGCAUCAUGCUUUAGGGCUACUUUUCUUCAGUCAGAACAGUAGGAUUUAUGAAGGUGGAGGGAAUCAUUAAUGCUACAAAUACCGGCCAAUUUUAGUAUAAAUCUUCAGGUGUCUGCUAGUAAGCUGAAGAUGAAAAGAAAUCUCACUUUUCAGCACGACAAUGACCCAAAACAUACAUCCAAAUCAACUAAAGAAUGGCUUAACCAAAAGAUCAUCAAUGUUUUUAAAUGACCUAGUCAGAACCCAGACCAAUCUGUGGGGUGACCUGAAAAGAGCCCAGGAGAAGCCCUUACAAUGUGAUGGAUCUAGAACGUUUUUGCUAGAAAGAGUGGGAAGUAAAGA